AUGGCAACUGAAGGUGACCUUGCUUUACACCAUGCUUCUGAGAAGCUCCAACAGAGUAGCGAACACGCGGGAUACACCAUUACAUGGCGAAACAUUGCCUUGGACAUCGAUAUUGGAGGCAUGUUCUCUCAAAAAAGAACCAUAAGAACACUCAAAGGAUCAACAGGUUUCAUGAAGCCUGGAGAGUCCUUGGCUGUCAUUGGACCAUCUGGUGCCGGAAAGACCACCUUGAUGGAUAUUCUUGCCAGUCAAAAGACAUUGGGUCGCAUUUCUGGUGAACUCCUAGUCAACGGAUCGCCACCAGAUAUCUUCUUUAAGAAACGUGCUGGCUACAUUUUCGUAAACAUGGCACAUAUUCCCACUAUGACUGUCAGAGAAACAAUCAUGUUUGCUGCUGAAUGUCGUAUGCCUCGUGGCUCCACUCAUGCCGAAAUCUCUGCCCGUGUUGACGAAGUCUUGGAAUCUCUACGAAUGACCGAAGCACAACAUACUCCAGUCGGUGAUGAAUUGAUUCGUGGAGUUUCUUCCGGUGAAAAGAAGCGUACCGAAGUCGGUAUUGAAAUGGUUGCUCGACCAAAAGUUCUGUUCUUCGAUGAGCCAACAUCUGGUCUUGAUGACUUUGGUGCACGUUUCACUAUGGAACUUGUGCUGAGUUACGUCAAGAAGGAGAACGUCUCCGUUGCAGUAGUCAUUCACCAACCUGCUGACGCUGUCUUCAAGCUCUUCGAUAAUGUCAUCCUUGUUGGUGGAGGAGGUCGAAUCUGUUACUUCGGUCCAACCAGCCAGUGCGAGCAAUACUUCACUGAAUACGGCUUCCCAUGCCCUCCUCUAAUGAACCCAAUUGAACACUACGUCGAUGUCAUCUCUGCUGAUACUGUUGGUGCUUCUGAAUACUACGAAAAAUCAGCUCUCUUUGCUGCCAAUGAUGCCGAGGAACGACGAUUAGCUCAAGCCCAUUACAGCCCUGUAUCUCACUCUACUCACAUCGUGGAACGUACUUCAUGGGACCAAUUCAAACUAUUGGCAACCCGUGUGUUAUUGAGAUACCAAAGAAAUCCAUCCACGUCAUGGGGUCGAUUCGGUCUCUUCUUGUGCUUUGCCCUCUUCUUUGGUGGUAUCUUCUUCCAAAUCCCUCACACUUCGACUUAUCUCUCCACCAUCAAUCACGGUGUGGGUACCUUCGGUUUCUUGUCUAACUACGUCGCCAUCGCUUCUGUACCCCAAUUUAUGGAGGAUCGUGAAUUAUACAUUCAAGAAUUCAGUGCCGCUUUCUAUACUCUAGCUCCAUACUACGCAACAUACUUCGUUGUGGAGGGUGUAUUCACUACCGUCAUUAGUACCAUCUUGCUACUUAUCGUCUACUUCAUGCAAGGAAUGCCUGCCAACAAGUUUGGUCUUACUUUCGCUAUGAUGUUCGUUGGAAUGUGGGUCUCGACCGCCGUUGCUCAAGGAUGGUCUGCAUGGUGCAAGACCUUGAUCCAAGCCUACACUGUCUUAUGGGCUGCCGGUCUAGUCUUCUUCGCCUUCUCUGGUGCCGUCGCUCCCUUCGGAUCUUUCAGUGCUGGUCUUUUGUGGCUUACAGAUGUCAACUACUGGAGAUGGACGUACCAAUAUGUGCUCUACACCAUAACGAACGACUUGCCAGUUACAUGUGACCAAGCAUUCCCAUUCGCUUCCAUCAUACCUAUAUAUGCCGGAAUUUACCAGGGUGCUUUUGCUGGUUCCCUCGUCUCUAACGCCUCCGACACCGUCGCAGUUACCGCAGUCAGCGGCUACCUCAGCGAAAUUGCUGCUAUCAACACCAUCUUAGCUUCAAACCCCCCAGCUGAUGUUGCUACCGAAUUGAAUGCUGCUAUUGCAACCAUACAGACUCAACUAUCAACAACUGCUAAAGGUGGUGCCGCCAUCCUUACCAAUGCUACCCUCAUGGGCGGUCUCUCACUCUACAACUCUCUCUAUUCUGCUACCACUGCCGUUGUGGUUGCUGCCGCUGCUAAUUCCACCAAGGCACUCUUCCCACCUGUCGAAGAAAUCUGUAUCUACAAUCCACAAACGUAUCUCGCUGCUUUCAACAGUAUAGAACAAGGCUGUAUCGCCUGUGGUAACGUCGCAUAUGCCGUUAACGUCGCUCUCUUGGUCUUCUUCGUUAUAUUCACUUACUGUGGUCUCUGGUACUCUCGCGGUUACAGACAACGAUAA